AGGGUUCUGCAGUAAAAACCGCCGAGUUUCACGAAAUGCCGCGAUGCCAGGGUAAGAGGAGAGAGCGCACAGUGAGAGAGCUGCUACUGCUUUCAGUCUGUGAGUUUAAAAUGCUCUGCUGACCUGUGAGAGAAAGUCAGAUAGAAGCCUGCAACCCCUAUCUGCUCAGUAUGGCUGGUAAGCAGGAGCUUGGUAACCAAGCUCACGCUCUGUUUGACCGCUUUGUGGCCUCCCAAACAUGCAAAGAAGUUCAGCAGAAUUUUGCUGAGCUUUGUCACCACCUACAGUUGGACUCUCAGGACUACCACCACUUCUAUAACAAGCUGAAGGAAAAACUCAACUACUGGAAAGCUAAAGAACUCUGGCAAAAGAUUGACAAGAGAGCCUCCCACCCAGACUAUGAGCAAGGCAAACCUUGUGCUAAGACUAAGUGUUUAGUGCUGGGAGCAGGUCCAUGUGGUCUGAGAACCGCUGUAGAGUUGGCUCUGUUGGGUGCACAAGUGGUCGUGUUGGAGAAGAGAACGUCUUUCUCCAGGAACAAUGUCCUGCACCUGUGGCCCUACACCAUCCGAGACUUGCGCAACCUUGGUGCAAAGAAGUUCUAUGGCAGAUUCUGCUCUGGCUCUCUUGACCACAUAAGCAUCCGUCAGUUGCAGUUGAUCCUGUUGAAGCUGGUUCUGCUGUUGGGGGUUGAAGUUCACACAGGAGUGAACUUCAAAGGUCUGUUGGAGCCUCAAGCAUCAGGAUCCACAGGCUGGAGAGCCUUGGUUCAUCCUGAGUCUCACCCUGCUGCUUCCUACCAGUUUGAUGUCUUUAUCUCAGCUGGAGGAGGAAGAUUCGUACCUGAUGGCUUUAAGAUAAAGGAGCUGAGGGGGAAGCUGGCCAUUGGGAUCACUGCUAACUUUACAAAUCGGCGUACUGCAGCCGAGACCCAGGUGGCAGAGAUCAGUGGCGUGGCUCGCAUCUACAACCAGAAAUUCUUCCAGCAGCUCCAUACAGAGAUGGGUAUUGAUCUGGAGAACAUAGUGUACUAUAAAGAUGACACUCACUACUUUGUCAUGACUGCCAAGAAAAACAGUCUGUUGAAGAAAGGAGUCAUUAAACAAGACAGCAGUGAUGCAGAGCAGUUGUUGGCACAGGCGAACGUUGACCAGGAGGCUUUGUUGCAGUACGCGUAUGAUGCUGCUCAGUUCUCCACUAGCCACAAGCUGCCUGAUCUGGAGUUUGCACUGAACCAUGUGGGUAAACCAGAUGUGGCCAUGUUUGACUUUACCUGCAUGCACCGUGCUGAGUAUGCUUCACUGGUGAGGGAGAGGAGAGGCAAGAAACUCCUUAUUGGCCUGGUUGGAGACUGUCUGGUGGAACCUUUUUGGCCUUUGGGGACUGGCAUUGCCCGGGGCUUCCUGGCUGCCUUUGACACAGCAUGGAUGGUGAGGAACUGGGGCAAAGGAGUGACUCACCUGCAGGUCCUGGCUGAGAGGGAAAGUGUUUAUCAGUUGCUGUCACAGACCACUCCUGAGAACACCAGCAAAAACUACCCUGCCUACAGCAUCGAUCCCAGCACUCGUUACCCCAACGUCAACCUGUCCUCCAUCAAGCCUAAACAAGUGCAGCAUCUGUAUGAUGUUGAGGACAAGAGCAAUAAAAAGAAAGUUCCAUUACAAAAUAAAAGUCAAGACUCACUGAGACGCAUGGUAGACCUUCUGAGUUGGUGUCAGAAACACACAGCCUGGUGUGAGCGAGUCCAGGUCAAAGACUUGAGUCAGUCCUGGAGGUCUGGCCUGGCACUGUGUGCCCUGAUUCAGCACUUCAGACCCAAACUCAUAGAUAUGUCCUCACUAGAUGAAAAUGAUGCGGUGCACAAUAACCAGCUGGCCUUUGACAUUCUACAGAGAGAGUUUGGCAUUGAGCCAAUCAUGUCUGCUGGUGACAUGGCCUCAAGCAAGGAGAUUGACCAGCUGUCUGUGGUGCUUUACCUGACACAGGUCCACAACGUUUUUACUGAGGCACCUCUGCCAAAAGACCAGUCCAGCUUCAAGUCACUUUCCCUCUCCAGGACCCGCUCUGCCGUCUUCUUCCUGAACAAGCUCAAACAUAACUCCCUUCAGAGGCGCAAGGAGCGUCUGACAGCAAAGCGAGAGGAAAGAGAGCAAGAUAUGAGGGAGGACGAGGAGAAGAAAGACCCUGUGUCUGCAGUGCCAGCCACAGAUCUGGGCAGCAGUGAGUUGUGUUACUUCUGCCACCAGCAGCUCUAUGUGCUGGAGAGGGGCAGUGCUGAGGGUAAAUUCUUCCAUCGUAGUUGCUUCAUAUGCCAGCAGUGUGGUACCACGCUGCGCCAGGGAGGAUAUACCUUCUAUCCUGACACAGGGAGGUUCUACUGUGAGGAGCAUUCAGAGCCUGUGGAGGAAAAGGGGGAGGAGGGAGAGUUGCAGCAAGCAGAUUUAUCCACAGGGGUGCAGGCCACUGAGAAUGAGCAGAGUGGGGAAGAGAAUGGAAAAAUUGAAGAGAAUAAAAAGGAGCCUAACAAAGAGAGCCAGUCAGAUGAGCCUGUUCCGUCAUUCCGCUCUGUGAAGAGAAAAGGCUCCUACAAGAUCUCAACAGACCCUCACUGUGAUGAAACCACAGAAUCCAACACCCUUGAAGACCAAGAGGACCAGCUGGCAACCAGAGCUGCCAAGGACUCUAAUAAGCCUGGCAUACCUACAGAGCUGAUGUCAGAAAGCCGGCCACAAACAAAGGAAGCCGACCACCAUCAAAAUGGGGCGGACCCUUCUUCCCCUGUUUCUGCCCCAGUGCCAGCCCCACGCAGCACCCGAACAUCUGCCCCAGCUCCAGUCCCUAAACCCCGCACUAUCCAUAAUGUAGUGCCCUCACCCACACAUAGUGAUGAGAACCAAGACUUUAAUAUUAAAACGUCAAUGCCAGAAACCAUUGUAGAAAAUGAGGUGGAGUCUCCUCCAUUCCACACAGAAAAUGGCCAUCCUCAGGGGACAGCCGAUUCCAGACCCAAGCAGUCCCUGAAAAAGCUACAACUUACAGACGAAGAGAAGACUCAGCUAGUGAACCUGAGCUUCAGCCAGGACUCGGACUCGGAGACACCAGCAUCUUCGUCUGCUGCUUCUACUUCCUCGUCCUCCAAGCCCCAUGACGGAGGUGAGGAGGAGGGCUACUGGAGUGGGGGGACAUCGCAGGGUCACGUUCGGGAGAAGAAGAAUCGAAGGUGUUUUAGAAAAAAGGGAGAGCCCCAGAGAGCUGUGCAGACGCAGCAGGGUAGGAUCAGGUCCAAGUUCUCCCCCUGGAAUCUGUCUUCGCCCCGGCUACAGCAGCGCUUCAGUGUGCUGCAGCCUGCAGUGCAAAUUCAUCCAGAUUCAGAGGAUGAUGUUUAUCCUGAUGCUAUCGAUGACGAAGAUGAGGAUGAUGAAGAGAACGAAGAGGCCCUUAUGACGGAGGCUCAUUCUUUGGAUGGCCAGGCAGGAACAAUGAACCUGUCUGAGGGAGAGAAGCAAGAGCUGAUGAAGAUGAGGACUCUGGAGCGAAGAGCCAAGAUGAGCGAACUGCAGCGCUUUCACAAAGCUCAGUCUAUCCAGAGGAGGCUUGAAGAGAUUGAGGUGACGUUUAAGGACCUGGAGGAGAAGGGUGUGGUGCUGGAGAGAUCACUCAGAGGACAGCCUGGCUCUGAUGGAUCAUCUGGUAUGAUAGACCAGUGGAUUGAGCUGGUCCAGCAGAAGAAUGCUCUGGUUUCAGAGGAGUCAGAUCUCAUGGUGGCGUCUCGGCAGCUGGAACUGGAGGAUAAGCAGAGCAUGCUGGAGAUGGAGCUACGACGCUAUAUGGAAACAGACGACUCUGAAAAGACCGCAGAGCAGCAGGAGGAGGAGGAGCAAAUCUUACAGCAGAUGCUGGAGGUGGUGGACAUGAGGAAUUCUCUUGUGUCCUUCCUAGAGGAAAAGAGACUUAAGGAGAUCAAUGAGGAACAGGUGGGCUCCUCACUGCUGGAGACCAAAAGACUCUCUACUGCUUCAGCCCAUGUACACUGGGCAUGAGAGAAUCCUCCCACACUCACGCACAAACAGACUUUACAUGUCAUCUUUCUGCCCUCGUGCUGAAACUUUCACAUUUCAAACCAAAGACUUGAAAGCCUAUGAGAUCAGACUCAUAACUGUGUGCAGUUACGCACACUCAGGUUCAAGCAACGGAAAUUUAGAGAUGUUGGCGGGAUGUACAGGGGUUUAAAACCAGUCAAAACUGAGGCUACCUAUGAAAAAACACCUCAGAUUGUUCCAGAAAAAUCUGGAGUUUGUAAUAACACCACUGCAGCCUUCACUGCCCUGUCACAGCCUUGGGAGAGAUCAAUGGAGUCUCCCUUUCGUAGCUACAAGCCUACGCAUAGUGUGUACCAGACACUGUAUCUGAGAGCUGGAAUUGGGACAUUGCUAUUGCUAACCUUCUUCAACAAUAUACUGUAUAGAGUAUGAAAAAGGGGGUUUUGAAUGUGUAUUCUUCUCUUACAUCUCUGUCAUAUUUAUCAGGGUUGUCUGCCAAGCACAUAAAUAUUCUGAAAGAUAAAUGUUCAUAUUAUACAAAUGUUCGUUAUUCUUAAAAAAAAAAGUGUUAUUUCUUAGAGAUGGUAUUUCAGUCUCUUUGCUGCUGCUUAUUGAUAUCAUGCCAUAAUCACAAAAUGUUUAUGCCAAUGCUUAAAAGUACAGAUUCAAUACAUUCUUUCUUUGCCACAGCAGAGUAUAUUAACAAUCACAUUGGACUCGUGUGCAGUGUACAAUUAAUUUGUUUAUCUAUUAUUAUUAUUAUUAUUACUAUUGUUGUUAUUAUUGUUAUUACAAAUUCUGUAGAAAAUGUUUAUGUUAAGUGAGGGGGGUCUUGAAACUCAGGGUUUGGUAGUAUGAUCUAACAUUAUUUCUAUCGGGAAGGGCAGUUGAGGUUUGGAUUUGAUAAUGGAAUUUCAGUUGCAUUUGUUGCAGAAUACAGAGUGAGACAUUGUUGAGACUGUUGUAGAACAAUCAGUCAUGGAGUACUGCGGUUGUGAGAAAAUGCAGUUGUGGUUUUCUUUUUGCCCCACUGUGUUUCUUUUCUUUACUGUUUCCUUUUCCUUCAACUGUGACAAUACACAGUAUUCAAUUAUAAUAAAUUCAGUAUAUGAAACCUUU